AUGCUAGAGGAGGUCACACCAACCUGCCAGGAUAUUGCCAGGCAGACAGUAGGUUUCAAUUAUCAAUCUCUUUACGUCCGCGUAGAGAGGUCCAACAGAAAGCCCCGCAUUAUAGCCCGCACAAAUAUAUUUAUUGUAGAGAUGGGAAUUAAGAUCUCGAAGAUAGGAAGGUAG